AUGGCCUCCAAGGACUUGACAAUAGGAGUGAUCUUCUUAUCUCAGACCAUAGUUGGAUUCCUAGGGAAUUUCCUUCUUCUUUACCAUUAUGGUUUCCUCUAUUUCACCAGAUGCACAAUGAGGUCUACAGAUCUGAUUAUCAAGCACCUGGCUAUAACCAACUCCUUGGUCAUACUCUUUAAAAGAGUUCCACAGAUAAUAGUUGCUUUUGUGUUAAAGUGUUCCCUGAGUGAUAUUGAGUGCAAACUUGUCUUCCAUGUUCACAGAGUGGGCAGAGGUGUGUCUAUGGGAAAUACCUGCCUCUUGAGUGUUUUCCAGGCCAUCACCAGGCUCAUGAUCUGGGCCAGCGGUUCCAUGGUUUUCACCCUGUACAGGCACAUUCAUGGGACCAACCUCUCCCCCAGACCAUCCUCCGAGUCCAGGAUCACCCAGAGUAUUAUUGUCCUAGUGAGCACCUUUGUAUCAUUUUCACCCUCUCUUCAAUCCUUUCAUUAUAUCUCUCUUUUUCUUAAGCCCAGUUGGUGGCUGGUGAACACCUCUGCACUAAUCACUUCUUGCUUCCCUACAAUCAGCCCCUUUGUUCUUAUGAGUCGUGACCCCAGAAUAUACAGGCUCAACUCUGCCUGCUAG